AUGGAGUCGUCAGGACAGACGGAUCGGAGUUCUCGUGAACGGAGGGAGGACGAGGCCACUCCGAGUGCAUCCGACGUCAGGGCAGGGAGAGAGGCGGACUUUCUCUUGCAGCGCCAGCAACAGCAACAGCAGGAAGAGGAGGAAAAACCACGGGAUCGCCAUGAAACAGACGCCCCGGGGAGCGAUGAGGAGGGAGAGGAAUCGUCAUCAUGCGAAGACGAAUGUAAAGAGGACAAUGACGACGCCAGUGUUGUGGACGGCGAAGACGAAGAAGAGGAAGAGACAACUCCAUUCGCCACAGACGAGGAGGCCAACGAGGCACGUGCAGUUGGCAUUGCUCACUACAACAAUCACCGCUACGAGGAUGCGCUGGACAUUCAAUAUCGAGUUGUUCGACAUUUUGAGAAAAAGUACGGUGCAACCGCCCCCAUUUGCGGGGUGUACUUUCUUGACUACGGCCUUUCUCAGCUGCGUGUCCUGCAGUCCAAGAGCACCGUGGAGGCGGCGUUGCAGCCACUUGAUCAAGAUGCUCUUGAAGCGUGUUUUAUCAACCUUGAUGUUGCCCGUGUAUGCUUUCAGAAACAAGAACAGGAACGGGGGGAGGAGGAUAUUGAGGUGCAGCUCCACCUUGCCGAGGUGCACAACAGCAUUGCGCAGCUUCAGGUGGAACGCGAGGACUUUGACAGUGCGCUGAAGGAGUACGAGAGUGAGUUGAUGACAUACCGCUUUAUUCAAGAAGAGGCACCGCAAAUGCUUCCAUACCGUAGACUUGCCGCCGUGCUGUAUGGCAUUGCGGAUUGCUACAUGAAGGAAGGGGAUUUCGAAGGGGCUGAGGAGCGUUUUCAAGCGGCGCUGGAUGAGUUGGCAUCAUUUCCCGCCGAUGCGAUUCCUGCGGAGCUUGUGAAGGAGCUGGAGGAGCUGCGGGAGGACGCGCGGGAGAUGAAGGGUGGCAAGUAUAAGGAGCUGCAGGAAUGCAUCCAGGCCCAGUUUGCCGUGAAGGAGGCAGAGGAAUUGCCGACGGUGCAGGAGUUUUACGGUGAAGACGCGGGGAAUGAGGAGGGGGGCCGCAAGACUCAUCCGUAUGUCUCGCGCCUGCCGGGGGAGCCGGAGUACUCGGCACUCUCGAUGCCGCAGUCCUUGACAAACCCCGUGCAGUGGAAUGAGCACAGCAACAGCAUGUCGCUUUCGCUAUUUCCUCCCCAAGUGAACGGCCGCGGCUCGGAGACGUCGAACAGUCAGCCGGUGCAUCAUGUCGUGGCGCGGCGGAAGCCCAAACAGCCCAUGAGUCAACAACAACAACAGCCGGGGGAGCGAGGUGGGGCGAGUAGCAUCGGUGAGCCAGAGGCAAAACGGGCUCGAACGGAGUCCUGCAGCUAG